ACCACAAUCUACGUCCGUGGGAAAUUGCUUCCCGUUCCAACAUGGCGGACAUUUUCAUCGGUAACCAAGCGGGAGUGUUUAUAAUUUUCUCUAGAAGAUAAGAAAAAUGCUAAGAUACGAUACAAGCUUUUCGUGUUGAAAACAGAUUCCUUUAUUUUGCUUUGAUGGGAAACGGGGCGAGUGGGAAUUCACAGACCCUUGAUCGAUCAUCAAAUCUAAAGGUCCGCAAUACCAAUUUGCAUCCCUCAAUAAGGAAACGUCUUCAAAAUUGGCUUGACAACGCCCCAUUCACACUAGAUGAAACCCAAACUCAAGCUAUCUAUAAAGCUGCAACGUUUGUUGAAAUAAACACACCACAAUUGUUAAUCACAAAAGGCUCUGACCCAGUUGGAGUAUACAUCAUAACAUGUGGUGAGGCAGAAGUUGUAAGUUUGGAUCCUAGCAGUUAUCACCAUAGCAACCAGGGCCCUAGCAACCAGGGCCCUAGCAACCAAAACAGCAAUCCUGAAUUGAAUCAGGUUCAAUCAAAAGAGUAUGUCAUACGAGUGUUUACAGAAGGGGAGUGUUUUGGUGAGGUAUCAGUUCUGUAUGAUAUCCCUUGCAUUGCAAAUGUGAGGGUUCCCUCGCAAGCCUCGCUCAUACUGCUGAGGGCUGCCGAUGUGCAGGGGAUCCUGACUCCUCCCCUGGAGGUGCCAAUGCUAAGAUUGUGCUCCAUCAGGAGGUAUCUGGACACUGCCCAUCUGUUUGAGGAUCAGGCAUUGAGUAAGAUGGUCGCACUGGAUGUGCUUAGGGAAGUACCGGUGCUUCAUGGUUGGGAAGAGGCCGCCAUCAAGGACCUUAUUAAAGCAAUGAAGCAAGAAAUCAUAGUGCUGUACCCUUGUGGGAGUGCUGUUUACCGAGAGGGUGACCCAGGCCAUGAGAUGUAUGUCCUGGUCCAUGGGCGGGUGGGGCUCUUUGCAGAAGGGCACCAGCUGGCAGUGUUUGAUAGCGGUGACAAGAGAGGGUUCACUUUCGGCGAGGAGGGAUUCUUUACCGACAAGGAGAAAAGGUGUACUAUCAAGGCCCUUACUCCAUGCCAGAUCAUCACCCUCAAGAAGCACCACUUCUACUACAUUCUCAACCAGUAUCCCAACGAAAAGGUCAUACUUCAGGUCUAUAAUGAAAAGUGGAAAGAAAACCUGAGCAAGAGAGACCAAGAGUUGUAUGAAAAGUAUGGCGGAGCACUAGACCUUGAGAUGCUCAGGAUGACCUUAAGGCAGAGUGCAUUCUUCAAGGACUGCCCUCCAGGGUUCAUCUAUAUCAUCGCACUAUCUAUGCUUGUAAGGGAAAUCCAAGAGGAGCAGGCUGUGUUGUCGCAUGCGCAGUACAAAAAAGGAGACACAUUGUUUCUGUUGCUCCAAGGGGAGGCUAUAGUUACUGAAGAUCACGAUGAUCUUUUCCUCACCGUAGAUGUGAAACAGGUGUUCCACAAGGCUUCAUCUUUGCCCGAGAAGGCCUGGGUCAAAGCAACAGAACUAAGUAUUGUUGCAUACUUUAAUACUGCUGUAAUAAGCGAAGCAAAAAUGGCUUAGCCUGAUACUGUGAUGCCAGAAAUAUUAUAAUACACUAUUAUAGUAUUCAUUAUACAGUAUACAACUAUUUCAUAAAGCGUUGUCAGUGCAAAUGGCAGAUGGCCAUUGAUAAAUGGCAGUUCUACGACCGAGAGGACCCGUAGAUCCCAAAAUAUUUGGGAAAAAUAUCAAUAAAUUUAGAAAAAUAUCAAUAAAACAUGCGGCUAUCCAUUUAAUGGUUCUGUUCCACUUAAGUUAUUUUUACAAAUUAUUGCUAUCCAUAAACACCUUCCGGUCGUAGAACUGCCAUUUGGCAUUGCCUUUCACCGUUUGUGCUGACAACCUUUAUUGAAGUAGGUGUAUUCACCACGUGAUAACGGACGGACCUUUAGAAAAGUGAAGGGGGGGGGGGGGGAGGGCUAGUUUCAGUCGUGCAUUUUUUUUUUGUCUCCAAGACGUGCAUGAAGCUAUAAUUCUUUUUGUUUCUUAUCCCCCCCCCCCCCUUCGCUUUUCGAAUGGUCUGUCCCUAAAGAAAAUCAUCCAUUGUUGUACCAGUUAUAGCCUGCGUAGCCUUCCCUUGAGCCGCUGCCCAGGCUACAUCAGUUAAAUUAAUACAUCAGUUGAAUUACACACUAAAAAAGUGGGUCUGACUCUUUCAAACUCUAGAAUAGGGUUCAAGAUCACCUUUCAGUUAGAUUAUAGUGUACAUAAAAAUCUCUCUCUGUGAACUCGGAACUUUUGAAAGUGUCUGUUAUACAGAGUUAAAUUGAGGUUCGUUUUAUGGAGGUUCCAUUGUAUGUGUUGUGUGACAAUAAUAACAGACGAUAUUGACGUAUUUUUAUUAAUGUUGCAAAGCUUUUGACAAUAAAGACCACGGCAAGACAACAA